UCCCUAUAUAAGUUUCUCACAACUCACAAGUGUUAGUUUGUGAUCUUAGAGCGUUUGUAUAGAGGGACUGAACUAGGAAUUGGGCAUCACAGUCACAGCUGCCAUGAAACUUGAUCUCCAUGCUAUGGAUCGUAGAAGAAAUUGUAAGAGAUUAUUGUGCAUUUUGCUUCUCUAUUUCUCUAUUGCAGCUACCCUCUUCAAUCAAUGUGAUGCAAGGAGAUCAAGGCAAGUGUUCAGGUUUGAAGGUCUCACACGUCCAAGAAGUUCAAGUAUCAAAGGCACAAAGAAUCUAAGAUUAUCAAACCACUUGGAUGUAGUAGAUCCAAACUCAUUAGAUUCCACUAAUUCCAAACCUUAUGGUAUAAGUUCACCUUUUACUUUGCCACCUUUUGAUUCCUUAGGCCCAAUUCCAUUACCUGAAAAUACCCCUCCGGUUUGUGUAUAUCCACCCUCCAUCCCACUACCCCCUUCUACAACCACUCCAUCUCCUGUGGUCUAUUAUGCACAACCACCCCCACCACCCCUUUCAGAAUUUCCACCCGUUUUUCCCAACCCAAGCCCACCUGGUACAAUCCCUAACCCACCCGAAUAUGCCCCGUCCCCGUCCCCAUCCCCAUCCCCAUCCCCAUCCCCACCAGAAUAUGGGCUUAGCCCACCAGGAACCGUUCCGAGUCCUCCAGAAUCAGUGGUGCCAAAUCCUCCAGAAAUAGUACCAAGCCCACCGGAAUAUGUCCCUAACCCACCUGAAUACAUCCCUAGCCCACCUGAGCCUGUACCAAGCCCACCUGAAUACAUCCCUAAUCCACCUGAGUCUGUACCAAGCCCACCAGAAUACAUCCCUAAUCCACCUGAGUCUGUACCAAGCCCACCUGAAUACAUCCCUAAUCCACCUGAGUCUGAACCAAGCCCACCUGAAUAUGAGCCCAGUCCCCCAGGUAUUGUUCCAAGCCCACCUGAAAAUGAGCCUAGUCCUCCAGGUUCUGUUCCUAGCCCACCUGAGUACGUCCCGAGUCCCGGUGGAUUUGUUCCGAGUCCACCUGUGUUUCUACCACCAGUCGUGUACCCUUUUCCAAAUGUGCCACCCCCUCCAUAUACAGCCCCUGUAAAACGUCUGUGGUGUGUUGCUAAGCCGACAGUCCCUGAUCCGAUCAUUCGAGAAGCCAUGAAUUAUGCUUGUGGAUCUGGAGCUGAUUGUAUUUCAAUUCGGCCUGAUGGAAACUGUUUCCAACCUAAUACAUUGUUCGCGCAUGCUUCUUACGCUUUUAACAGUUACUUCCAAAGAACGAAAUUAGCCGGAGGCACUUGCGACUUCGGAGGAAUAGCCAUACUGGUCACUGUGGAUCCAAGUUAUGAUGGGUGCCAUUUCCUCUACUUCUGAUUGCUGAAACAAUGGAAGCGCCAUUAUUAGGUGACAGCUUCUUUUGGAGAUUAAAUAAAGGUUUUGUAAAGGAAUUAUCACUUUUCCCCCCUGAAAUCUUCUAUAGAGUCUUAAAACAUGAAUUUUGCAAUUGAAGAUAUAAUGAUAAAUUAUUUUUU